AUGGCAGCAUAUCAUCUUCUCCAGAACAAGGAGCACGACGAAGAAGUCGCGACUCCCUCGAGCAUUGGUCCCAGAAAUGUCAACCCGAAGCUGUGGAAAUGGAUCUCGAGUUUGGCCUGCUUUCUUUGUGGUUGCGUCUUCACGAUUAUGAGCCUCGUCGCUGGCCAAUACGUCUUUUCAAACGAGACAGCACUUGCGGAAGACCUCUCGAUUCUGAGUACGUCUCCGGAGAAGGCAUCUGCCAAAGAGAUCGCCACCAUACGCAAGAACUACUUCGCCGGUCAACAGCGCACCGCGACAACCGAGACGGACAAGCACAUGGUGCACUGUCUGGACUACAUCCGCCAGGCACUCCAGUGCCACGUCGACACGAAUCUGGAAUUUCGAGUGGCGUUGGGGACACGGGAUGCGGCGUUUACAGGAUACGGCGAGCACAAGUGUCGAGACUUUGAUAGGGUGUUUCGUUUCGCGGAGAAAUGGAGGGUUUAUGAUGGCAAGAAUGCCAGCGAGUGGAUCAAGAUCUCGGACGAAGAGACAAUCCCCGGUCGAGUUAUCAACUACGACUAUGUCUCAUCUCGAGGAGAUCCAGAACCUAAAUAG